UUUGACAGGUUUAGAGAGCGUCCUCUUCUUCGGCAUGUCUGCUGCUGUGUCUUCUGAUGCUCUCACUAGCUGCAGUCCGUAUGUUUCUCAUGAGUGUGAUGGAAACUCGUAUCUGAACGGUGUUUGCUAUCAGUUCAACAGCAGUUUACAGACCGUCUCUAACUUCACCGCCGCUUACCAAGAAUGCACCAAAAGAGAAGUCAAUCUGGUGUUUCUCUUUGAUGGAUCCAGCAGUAUGAAACAACACGAGUUUGAAAUGAACAAAAAAUUCAUUAAAGAUGUUAUGAAAAAACUUUCAAACUCAUCCAUAAAGUUUGCUGCUGUCCAGUUUUCAGGAGAUGUACGAACUGUGUUUGACUUCAACGAUUAUCAGAAUGGCUCUGCUGAAGAGAAACUCAUGAAAGAGAAACACAUGAAAUCUCUCACAAACACAUAUAAAGCAAUCAACUUCAUUGUAAAGGAUUUGCUGAAUAGCGUGUCGUCUGGAGCCGAUCCCAAAGCUCUGGUGAUCAUCACAGAUGGAGACCCCACUGAUAACGAUGAUUAUAAUGUGCUAAACAGAUGUGAUGAGCAGAAUAUCUUCCGUUACAUCAUCGGGGUGGGAAAAACUGAUUUAACUGAACUCACUAAGCUGGCAUCAGAACCAAAACAUAACAACACCUUCUACAUUGAAAACUACAGUGGACUCGGUGGACUUCUUGGCAACCUGCAAAAAAAGAUCUACAAUAUUGAAGGGUCAAAGGAUGCUCAAGGCAGAGACAGACAGAGAGAGUUAUCACAGAGUGGAUUCAGUGUCGUCUACCAGGAGGACUCUGUGAUCGUGGGUUCGGUCGGAUUAAAUGACUGGUGUGGAGCUCUGUAUGAAGUGACAGGAUCAGGAUCUGAAUUCAGACAGACAGAGAUCAUUGAUCCAGCUGUAAAUAAAGACUCAUACAUGGGUUACUCUACUGUGCUGGGAAUGAGACGUGGCGUCUCUCUUCUGUUCUCUGGAGCACCGCGGGCUGAACACAGGGGUCUGGUUACCCUCUUCACCAAGAAUGAAAGCACAUGGACAGUGAUGAGCAACUUCAAUGGAGAACAAAUUGGCUCAUAUUUUGGAGCGUCUCUGAGUGUGUUGGAUGUGGACUCUGAUGGAGACUCAGAUUUCCUGCUGGUCGGAGCUCCAUUAUUUUACCAGUCUCAGCCGAGGGCUGAAGGGAGGCUGUACGUCUACACUUUAUCUGAACAGAACUAUUUUCAGAAGACACUGAAUGUGAGCCAAUCAAGCACAGGUAGAUUUGCUGCAUCCGUGGCUUCACUAAAGGACAUGAAUGGAGACAGUCUGUCUGAUGUGGCAGUCGGGGCGCCGCUGGAGAAUGAAGGAGUCGUCUACAUCUACCUGGGUGAUAGGACACAUGGCAUAAACCCUGAAUACAUUCCUCAGCGGAUCCCAGCGCGGUCCGUUCUGCCUGGUCUGCAGCAGUUUGGACUAUCUCUGUUUGGUCAGAUGGACAUGAACAAUGAUAAUCUUACAGAUAUCAUGAUUGGAGCACAAGGAGGGAUCGUCCUGCUCAGGGCUCAGCCUGUGAUGUCUGUAUCUACAGAGCUCAGUUUCAGUCCAAAGGAAAUCAGUCUGAACUACUUUGAAUGUCCAGGUGUAAACACAUUUAAUGCAUUUAAUCUCACGUCAUGUUUCACAAUGACCGAGAGAACAAGCAGCACAGGAUCUCUGGAGAAGAAGAUGAAUGUUUCUCUGAAUCUGAAUGUGGAUGUGGUACGAGGAAUGAGUCGAGGAUUCUUUGAUCAGAGCAAUGUGUCGUCCAGGACUCUGCAGCAGUUUAUCCUGCUGGAUUCUGGGUCCUCCUGUUUUAACUUCCCCAUCUUCAUGCUGCACUGUGUUGCAGACACAGUAUCUCCUCUGAAGAUACGAAUGAAUUUCUCACAAACUGAGAUGUCGCUUGGAAACUCUCUGGCUGUUCUUGACAUUCACAGCAGGACGGAGGAGUAUGUCGAGGUGCCGUUUCAAAGGAACUGUGAUUCAAACAACAGCUGUGUGGCCGAUCUGAAGCUGAACGUCAGUUUUAUGAACGACACGUUAGUGAUGGUGAAUCAAGCUCAUUUCACGGUCCUCAUUUUGCUGGCAAACCCAGGCGAUGACUCCUUCAACACCAGCAUAGUGCUGCAUUACCCAGAAGGCCUCUCGCUCGCUAAAUUUGAUGCUAUUAAGAGUCGGACUCGAAGCAGUUGUGGUGAUCGGGACAGUGGUGCUACGAACAGAACAACCUGCAGCAUUAAUCUACCAGUGUACCGCAGCGGCACCACAACUGAGUUUCUGGCAACUUUCCGUGUGACGAAAUGGGAACACGACUGGUCUGACAGGAUGGAGAUGAUGAUCACUGCGUACAGUGAUAACAAUGGUAACAUAAGUGAUACGGUGGUCAGGAAGAGCGUCCCGGUGCAGUUCUCCGUUGAUCUGGCGAUCAGUCUAGUGGCUGAAGACUCUGUGACGUAUCUGAACUUCUCUCUGGAGGACAGAGGUCCAAAACCUCUCAAAAUCAACUUCAGGGUGGAGAAUUCAGAAUUUAAAGGUCUGCACGUGGCGGUCACGCUCACCCUGCUCUGUCAGACUACACAUGUGAUUUUAAGACCUCACAGCUUCAGCAUGCAUGAGGUGCAUCACUCGCUCAUCAGCUUAUACCAUCAAAUCAUCAUCUAUUUAUUGAAUAAACCUCUUCUGUUCUUCUCUCCAGAACUUGCUGCAGUGCAACAAAACAGAUCCACAGGUAAGAGAUCAUAG